AGAGGUGUUUUCCCCGUGCUCCAAUUCCUACCUUGGGCACAGAAACACAAACAAAGUGGCUGCCACAAAAUAGCCCGAACUGAGCAUCGCAUGACGGUGGAGAAAAGAGGGGAGAGGAGAGGAAAGGGGAGGCAAGGAACCGAGAAGCAUCCUCCUCCGCCCGUCUAUAAAUUCUCCUCCUUUCCUCCUCUUUAUAUAGGAGGCAUCAAAGCAAAGAAGAGGGAGAACACCAAGGGCUACCAGCGCCUCUCCGCGAUCCAAAUCCUACCGAGAAAGUUCUUGGUUGAUCUCCUCUUCGACCACCUCCGAGGUUCUUGGUGUAGCUUUUGCCACUCUCACCAGGAGUUUUCAUGUCUGAUCUUGACAUUCAGAUCCCAACUGCCUUCGAUCCCUUUGCUGAGGCGAAUGCUGGGGAAGCCGGUGCAGCCGCAGGAUCAAAGGACUACGUUCAUGUACGCAUCCAGCAGCGUAAUGGCCGCAAGAGUCUGACCACAGUACAGGGUUUGAAGAAGGAAUUCAGCUACAGUAAGAUCCUCAAAGAUCUUAAGAAAGAGUUUUGCUGCAAUGGUACUGUUGUCCAGGACCCAGAGCUUGGACAGGUCAUUCAACUUCAGGGUGAUCAGAGGAAGAACGUCUCCAAUUUCCUUGUCCAGGCCGGCAUUGUGAAAAAGGAACACAUCAAGAUUCAUGGUUUCUGAGCAACUGCCAGCUCCAUAUCAUCAAAAAUCUGCAUGCAAACGCAGCUAUAUAUCUGGGGUGGAGUAUAUUUCUGCUGUGUGCUAGCACUAGCAGGCGUUUGCGCUUGCACGUUCCAGUCUAGGACACAAACCUAGCAUAGCCCACCUCUCUGCGUGUAUGCUUGCUACCGUUGUGAAGCUUGUAAAAGGAACCAUCGUGAGAUGGAUCGUUUCUCUCUCUCGUCAAGGUUGAAUAAUAAUAGAUGCUUUUUAAAGCGGGAUAUCUUUUCGUAUCA